ACUCUGAAGUUUUCACCAAGUAGGAACUCGGAGGUUUUCACCAAGUAGGAACUUGGAAGUUUUCACCAAGUAGGAACUUGCAAGUUUUCACCAAGUAGGAACUUGGAAGUUUUCACCAAGUAGGAACUCGGAGGUUUUCACCAAGUAGGAACUCGGAGGUUUUCACCAAGUAGGAACUUGGAAGUUUUCACCGAGUAGGAACUCGGAGGUUUUCACCAAGUAGGAACUUGCAAGUUUUCAACAAGUAGGAACUCGGAAGUUUUCACCAAGCAGGAACUCGGAAGUUUUCACCAAGCAGGAACUCUGUCGGGGGAAGAUGCCGGAGACGGACGGACGAGAGAAAUUGUCCAAAGUCAUCAGUCAGUGGAACAACGAGAGACUGGACCUGUUUGAAAUCAGCCGACCGGACGAGAACCUGGAGUUCCACGGCGUGAUCCGCUUCUGCCUGGAGGAUCGUUACCACGGCAACGUGGCCACCAAGUGUUUGCGCGUGAGCAGCGGCGCUCCGACCCGAGAGGUCAUCGAGGUUCUCUGGGAGAAGUUCAGGCCCGACAUGAAGAUGCUGACGACGAGUUACUCGCUCUACGAGGUCCACGCCAGCAAAGAGCGUAAGCUGGGUCCGGACGAGAGGCCUCUGCUCGUGCAGCUGAGCUGGACGUCUGGCAACAGAGACGGACGCUUUGUGCUGAAGAGAGACGAGGACGGUUUGGAGAUGAAGGAGAGCUGCCAGGAACGAGAGAAAGUGGGCGUCAUCCAAAGCUUCAAGAGGACGCUAUCGCGCAAAGGAAAGAAGAAGGAGAAGAACAACAACGCCGAGGACGAGAGCGGACCAUGUGACCUGUCCGGCUCCGAGACUCCCGGGUUGCCGGUUGGGAUCCAGUUCUCUGACGAAGCCGAGGACAACUUCCUGUCCGCCGUGGUGAACUACACCAACAGCUCCACCGUCCACUUCAAACUAUCGCCCGCCUACGCCCUCUACGCCGCCGCCCACUUCGCCCUGCGGCGCCACGGCAACGCGGCUAGCGUGACCUCAAUCACGGACAAGAUGGUGGCCGCGACGGGGAAGGUCAUCCAGAAGCAGCGCGCCGUCGCCGGGGCUCUCGCCUUCUGGACCGCUAACUCCUCCGAGCUGCUCAACUUCCUCAAACACGACGAAGAGCUCGGCCCGCUGACGCGGCAGAGUCAGCGGGAGCUUUCCCACCUGGUGCACAAGGCCUACAGCCUGCUGCUGCACCGCCAACAGACCGAGUUAAGCAAACAUUUACCGACGUUCCUGAUUGACCCUGAAGAGCACGGAGCCCUGCCGCCCGGUUUAGAGCUGGUGCUCAACACCCUGAUGACGACCAUGGCGCUGCUGCGCCGCUGCCGGGUCAACGCGGCCUUCACCAUCCAGCUCUUCUCCCAGCUCUUCCACUUCACCAGCACGUGGCUCUUCAACCGGCUGGUGGGCCGGGACGGCGCCGCCCCGCCGGGCCUGCGCUCCCACUACUGGGGCGCCGCGCUCCGGCGCCGGCUCAGCGCCAUGGAGGGCUGGGCGGAGCGGCAGGGCCUGGAGCUCGCCGCAGACUGCCACCUGGGACGCAUCGUGCAGGCAACCACUCUCCUGACCAUGAAGAAGUACUCGGUGCGGGACGCCAAGGACAUCCAGAGUUCCUGCUUCAAGCUGAACUCGCUGCAGCUGCAGAUGCUGCUGGCGGGAUACGUUCACGCCGCCGACGAGCCCCGCAUCCCCCCUGACCUGAUCGAUGCUGUGGUGACGGCGGCCGAGAGCUCAGUGGAUCAUCUGAUUCGGGGCGAAGGACGGGACGUCCGUCUGCAGGAGAGCCCGGAGCUCCGCCUGCCCUUCCUGCUGCCGGAGGGCGGGUACUCCUGCGACGCCGCCAGAGGAGUCCCGCCAGGGUUCGAGGAGUUCCUGGAGCCCCUUCGACAAAAAGGUCUCUGCUCGUUGACGCGUCACCCGGACUCCAACCUCGCCUGGACGGUGCACUUCAGUGAGCCGGCAGCGUCGGAUGAAGGAACCUACCUGGCCGCUCGCCGACAGCCCGACACAGAGACGGUCACGCUUCACAAACCUCCGGACAGCGGGAUGGGAGUCAGCAUCGUAGCCGCCAAGGGAGCCGGGCAGAGCGACCUCGGGAUCUAUAUCAAGUCCAUCGUGCGAGGAGGACCGGCGGAGACGGACGGGAGGUUGGACGCCGGAGACCAGCUGCUCAGCGUGGACGGCCGAAGUCUCGUUGGACUCAACCAAGACAGGGCGGCGGCCAUCAUGAUGCGGACCGGCCCCGUGGUGACAUUACAGGUCGUCAAGUCCGGCGCGAGCUACCACGGCCUGGAGGCGCUGCUGGGCGAGGACGGAGAUCGUCUCAAGGAAGGUGACGGAGCGUCAACGUUGUACUGCGUCGUCGACCUCGGCAACAAGCGGAGCCGACAACUGUACCGCUCCGACCCCAACGUGGCGGACUUUCGCCCGGAGGACGGAGACGGACGCGUCGACCCCGGCGUGGAGGGAAACGGCGCCACUUCUGCCUCCAGCGUCGACCUCGGCGCCGAUACGCUCCGCAGGGAAUACUUGACCCUCCCGAACCCUAAAUCCCGGGACAAGUCCGUCUCUGAGGCCGGACGGACUCAACGAACCCUCAAAACGUCUCGGACGCCUUCGGACCGGACCUUCCUGCGUCAGGCCCUCUCUCAGGAGGACCUGAGCGUGGAGGGGCGGCGCCCCCUGCUGGCGGCCCAGCAUGCACCGGGGCUCUACUCGUCCUUCCCGCUCCGCCCGAGCGCCUCGGCCCACGACGUCCUCUCUGACUCUCCCGCCAGAACGACGGCCGCCGGCCUGUGGAGGACGCCGUUCUCCCAGCAGGCCACGCCCACGCCGUCCGUCCAGCCCGUACGCAUCGACAUCCCCCUCACCCGGGCGGGGCCCUCCCCCCCCAACCCCCCGCUCACCACCUUCCAGCAGAGCCACGCCCCCCAGCGCCGAGCCCCGCCCACUUACGCCUGCCCCGUAUCCGCGGCGACGAAGCCGAGCAUCUCGCCGGUGAAGCACGUUUCCUUCCAGCAGGAGACGAGCGCCGUGACGGCGAGGCCGAGCCCUCGGGAGCUGGGCGACCCCUGGAGGCGGGAGGCCCGGGAGCAGCUGGAGAAGCGGCGAGCGCUGCAGGCCGUGGAGCGUUUGGGGCGCGAGAUGGCGGCGCUGCAGGCCAAGGCCCGGCGCUCGGCGGAGGAGAGCGGCCGGCUGAGGAGGCUCAGCCUGGAGUGGCAGUUCCAGAAGAGGCUGCGGGAGGAGCAGCAGGACGGAGAGGAGGAGGAGGAGGACGAGGUGGUCGUCCAGCAGCCGGCGGACAGAGCGUCUCCGAUGGAGAGCAAGAGUGGGAACGCCAGGGAGGAGGACGAAGCCAACGCUGGUGAAACAUCGAUUGGACGGAAGAACGGCGUCCGUGACGCACCAUCAAGCGAGAUCCGGAGGAGGAAGAUGGCGCCUGAAAAGCUCCCGUUCAGCGAGCGCCAGCGGCUUUUCUCUCUGCCGUCCAGUGCGUGA